CUCCCCGCCGCCAGCAGCCUAAAGCAAUCGAUGACCAAAAGCUGUCCCGCUGGGCUACAGACGACAGGCAUUUAAUGGAGCGCCGAUAAUAUGGGUGCGAGUGAACGACCUCUAGUUUAGCACGCGUCUGUUAUCAUUCUUUCUAUUUCAUGUGUUUUAUUGUGGCUGCAGUUUCCAGAGAAAACCAGUGGGUGAGAAAAAGGUUCAGGGACAACGCUUAGGUGGCGCCAGAACACGUGAUAAAAAUGAUCUCAAUGGCAUCUAGGAGCAAGAUCAUGUCAGGGGUUCCUGGAUUGAGAUGUCUUCAGCACUUAACCAGAGCACCACUCUACUCAGCAAAACCUCGACUACAGCUCCACUCUUCAGUCUCCUCUGUGAUUCUGCCAUGGAGACACACCUCCACCAGCAGGCUGCUGGACAUCAGGCCUGUCAGCUGGCAGGUUUCACGCUUCUGCAGCGGGGAUCCUCAAAGCAGCACCCAGUCCAGUGACAGCAAGGGAGGGUUCAGCUUAGGCGCCCUCACCAAGGCCCCCAGACCGGCUCUUUACCUCGGUUUUUCUGGGCUCAUUCCCUUCGUAUCUGCCCCUCUCCUCAUGGCUGCCACACAGUCCUUCUACCCUGAAGUGGCCUAUGCCCAAAUGGUGUACGGAGCCUCGAUAGUGUCCUUCCUCGGAGGUGCCCGUUGGGGGUUCGCCCUUCCGGAAGGCAGCCCGGCUCGGCCUGACUGGAUGAACCUGGGCAACAGCGUGGUGCCUUCCCUCGUGGCCUGGCUGGCGUUGCUCUGCAGGGACAGUGUUGCUGAGGGAGCCCUGAUGGUGAUCAUGGGACUGGGCUUGUCCCUGCAUUACGACCUGACCCUGCUGCCAGGCUACCCCCCCUGGUUCAAAGCCAUGCGAACUGUCCUCACCUUGGUCGCAACUUUCUCACUGGUGGCCACGUUGGGUCUGAAGCAGUUCUACGCUGAGAGCAAGCUCACAGACACUGAGAAAUGAUUUAAGGCAAAACGCUUCCAUGUGACAUUGAGUGAAAUGCAAAUUGAAUCAAAAUUAGAUAUACUUGCGUUUAUUUGAAAAGUUGGAGCAGAAGUCAACCUGAAAAUCAUCUUGUAUUUUUUAAAUUAAAUAAACUAUUCCACAUUUCAGAUAUUUACUAAUUAAAUAUGAGUUUGAAAGUGUUUUUACACUCUGCUAAAACCUUGGAUAACAUUUCUGGGAUCAAUGUUGUAGAUGGUUUCCAUACUUUUUCUUGUCAUCACUAAACAAACAAAAACAAAACAAUGGGUGCAGAAUUACUUAUUUAAAGGUUACUGAGUAGCUCUUUUAAUUUAUUAAUAGAUCAAAUGUUGUUAUUUAGGCAACAAGUCAAAGGUGGAGUCUCAAACCAGGAAAAAUUACUUAAAAAAAUAACUUAAGCGUCAACAAAGAUCCAUUGAAACUUUAAAUAGGUUUGAAUGGAGGUAUAGUGUAAAUCUUUGAGCUCUUAUCUUCAGCUGCAAAUCCGAAGGUGACAAAUCCUACUUGUUUUUAAUCGUCAUGCAAACUGCAGACAAAUUAAUUUACAACAUAGCAGCAUAAAAAAUGCAUUAGAAAGCUACUGACAAGAUAUAUUCCAUUAAGGAUGAUAACAUUGUAGUGUACCAGAUAUGACCAAAAACAAGUUUUAUCUAAGACGUCCACUUGGUGUUUAUCUGUCCACCCAGACACCGGAGCCCAUCCUGAUAGUUUGUCCUUCAAUCACUGAGGAAACAUAGAAAAUUACACAGAUAAACACAUUGGGGCAAUAUUAGCAUCAAACAAUAUCUUUGAAACUUUCAUAAAAGUUAUAGUACUAAUCCUAACCUGAAAGAAUGGGACAAUGACAUAAGAAAAAAUGCUGUUUUGCACAAAUCAGUGCAUUUCCUGCCCGCAUUUCCUGUGCAUUUUUGUACCCUUGUAUAGAUGAGCAGGUUUAAUCGGCGGUUCAUCUCCAGGAAGCACCAUCUCUACCUGAAGCACGGCGGUGGCAGCAUCAUGGCGGGGUGUUCUUUAGUCUGGAUAGAGGGAAAGAUGGAUGCAGCUAUGUGCAGACAUCCUGGAUGAAAACCUGCUCCAGAGAGCUCUCAACCUCAGACUGGGGCAACGAGUGAGUUUCCUUGAGCCCAGCUGGAGUGAAGUCUUAAAUCUGACUGAUCAGUCCUGGAGAGAUCUGAAAACAGCACUGAUGCUGCCAUCAACCUCAUACUAGUAGUUGUGCCAAGUUCGUGUUAUUAUAUUGAAAAACACUUCAGGCUGUGAACACUUCCAUUCAAA